AUGAUUUGCAGGCCAAGAAUAAUGAAGGAACAAAACGACCUGUAGAAGUUGAAUGACCCUACGAUGAUCAUUCAAAUCAAUGAGACUGACAUCCUAAUUUGGCAUGUCUAUCUACAUGGCCCUUAAGACUCUCCAUUUGAGGAUGGAAUCUUUAAGAUCAAAGUUUCUAUCCCAUCCAAUUAUCCAAUCAGUGCCCCCACACUUCAUUUUCAGACAAGAAUAUUUCACCCUAAUGUACAUAUGGACACUGGUGAAGUAUGUCUAGAAGUGCUUUCGUAAAAAUGGGAGCCUCGUUGGACAAUCGAAAGUGUCUUACGAGCUGUUAGACUAAUGCUCCAAGAACCCAAUCCUUAUAGUCCAUUGAAUUGUGAUGCUGCUAAUCUACUCAAAGCUAAUGAUUUAAUCGGAUACAAAUCUAUAGCUUAAUACUACACUUCGAAAUAUGCUAUCGAUAAGCAUGAAUACAUGAAUAAAGUGAAUGUUAAAGACAAGAAAACUUAAUGA